AUGGUCAACUCCCUCCGGCUCCUCGCCAUCGCCGCGGCGGCCCUUACUGGCCUUGCCCCUACCGCUGCAAGUCCGGCCCCCGAACCAGCCGGCCCGACUCUCCUCCCCGGCUUCGAAGUCGACUGGAGCAAAUGGUGGACCCGCCAGUUGUUCAGUUGCCCUGUCUGGAAAGGACCUCUUCCCCAGAGCGCACAGGAUCUUGCUGGGAGUACCUGCAGCAAUGCUUGGACUCGGACGAUCACAGGAGGUUCCAUAACUGCUCGUCUGUACCAAGUUCCUGGACAAUGGCAGAAGGAGCCUCGAUACAGCGAAAUCGUCAACGGUGUUGCUGAUGCUAUCAAGAAAGGCGUCGGAAUCUUUGGAUCAAUGGCUGGUCCUCUCAAGAUUCACAUCGGCUUUGUCUCGGGCGUACUCGGCGACAUCGUUCAAGUCGACGACAACAACCUCGGCACCAAGGACCCUUGCUACAUGAUCAUCGACUUUCCUCCUGGCACUAGCAAAUACCCUCUUCUGGCUAUUCAGAAGGAUGUCAUCAAGGGCAUGUACCAGUGUGUCGAGCAGUUCCAUCGUCCGACUGUCACUACUUGGACAAAGGGAAAUGAAUGGUGGCGUCAGGGCAUUGCUCGCUACUUUGAUGGGCUUGCCUAUCCUACCACCAACGCUAUCAUGAACCGUGGCCUCUACCCCGAAGAGUACCAAUUCGGAAUCCCUCUCUACCAGAACGAUGAGGCUGCUGCCCUCUUCUUCCACUUUGCCGAUAGAUUAGGCGGAUGGUCUCCAAAUGAUGUCAACAACUGGAUGAAGGGGCAUCCUAACAAGGCAACCUACGAACUCGAGCGGAAGUCGCUGUCGAUAGACACAAAGAUUACGUCUGCUCUGUGGCAUCGGUUUGUCCUUGCAUGCAGGGACCAGACCAUCAAGUACCCCAACGGCCAGAAGAUUCCUCUCAAACUAGGGGGGCCACCCACAACCACUCACCCUCUGGUCAACGUCGCCAAAGUAGGCGGUACCUAUUCCAAGUCAGUCACAGGCAAAGCCUGGAAGGGCGCUAUCAACAUCUUCUCCAUCAAGGCCGGCCAAAAGAUGCGUGUCACGUUUGAAGCCGACCCAGGCAUCGAAUGGAGCAUCCGCAAGGUUGGAACGACUGCAUGGAACACUGGUAUCAGGACUAGAACUGUCAAUAUUGCGGCUGCUGCUGGUGCCACUACCAAGUUUGAGCUUGCUGUUAGCUCGACGAGGGAUGAUGAAAAGAGGCCGCACACGGACUUGGCCGAUCGUGCAUGCAUUCGCAGGUCGGCGACCUUUCAACCCCUGCAAUGCAGUAUCAUUCAGCAACCAACAUUCAUCUCCAUUACCUCUACACGGACAAACUUAGUCAUGCGAUCAUCUCAAUACCUAACAGCCCUCGCUGGCCUCCUCUUUGGAGCUAGCGCAGCCGUCCUCCCUCGAGACUCUGAGCCCUACUGCUCCAUCCUUAACGCCCGCCCAAGCAAGUUGGCUUGUUCAAAGCAAGGCUACAUUGACAACGUCUCUGGCAAGAUUGGUGAUCCUCAAAACAUCCCCCGAGUAUCCCAAUGCGCCGAUCUUUGUGCCAAGACUCCUUCAUGCACCUUUUUCAACUUUCGACCCGAAUCCGGCUUUUGCCAACUCUUUUCCGGAGACUUUUCUUCUGUCGGACACCGGGAUGAGGCCAGCGGUAGCUACUUUUCUCAACUCGAGUGUUAUCAAUGUACAAACGCCGAUACCCUCUUCAACUUGGACUUUGAGGACCGAGAUGUCGAGAAGUGGGGUCUAUAUAUGGAAAAGGAGGGCGACUUCUACUUCGACAUCCAACAGCCAGACUCUUGGGCCCUUCGCGUCCUAGAAGUCGCCAAUCAAGGCGUCGUCAAAGUCAAAUACUUGCCCACUUUCCACCUCGAGCCUGGCUCCUCCUACCGAAUCACAUUCCUCGCCAAGUCCAACAAGAAGGACAUUGAGCCCUUCGACUUGAUCCGCACUGUCAUCUACCGCGGCGAUCAGACCAUCCAUGAGGCUUUCCCCGAGUAUCCGGCCGAGUACAUCUGGGGGUGGCAUCAGUUCUACACUAGGUUCACUGUGCCUGAGGGCCAGGGUGGUGAGGCUUCAUUCAUGUUCAAAAUUUCCUCGAGCGGUUCUGAGCUUGAUUGGUACUUUGAUGGUCUUGCCUUGCAGAAGGUCUAA